AUGAAAAUCCUGGAACUCCACCUUCUUUCAUUCAGUCGAAAAUCGAUUUUAAAUUUUCUAAUUUUCUUUUUCUUUUUCGUUUGCGCAGUCCAUUCCAAGGAUCAGUGUUCAACUUCCUCUUGCGGCGACGGCAGGGUCGAUAUAAAAUAUCCUUUCAACUUAUCAGGCCAAAAACUGGAAAACUGUGAAUACAUCAAUCUGAAGUGCGUUAAUGAGAACAUAACCAGUAUAAAUCUUCCUUAUUCGGGAGAAUUUUACGUGCAGGAUAUCUACUAUGGUUUAAAAAUAAUACAGGUCUAUGAUCCAAGCAAUUGCCUUCCGAGACGGCUUUUGAAUCUGAAUCUUUCGUCGUCCCUUUUAGGGGCCAUAGAGUAUCAGGAGUACACAUUUUAUAGCUGUCCACAAGAUCUUCUCGAGUCCGAUUUCACAGUUAUUGAUUGCCUAAGUAACUCCACGAGUGCUACAGUCGCUACUUCCUUCGCGUCUCGAGAAUUGAUGGAAGGAGAGUACAUGUGCAAGCUAAUGUUUACUUCAUCAAUCCCAGUCUCGCCGAGUCAAUUGGAUCCCUGGGGAAGUUUUAGUAAUCUUCAGUUGGUAUGGAACGACCUUUCUUGCAAAGAUUGUGAAGGAACGGAUGGAUCAAGGAGUAAGCUAUCGAAAUUUCUUGCACUAGCCAUCAGUAUGCCAGGGAUUGUCAUAAUCUCCACAUUUUGCUGCUUAGCAUCUUGCAUGCAAUUGUUCAACUUGGUAAGAGACAAAUUUGGACUUUUUGGAACUGGAGCGCCACCACAAGCCAACAUGUUUCCCAGCAUAGUGCCGCCACAAGCCACAAUGUUUCCUGGUGAUGCACCGCCACAAACCACCAGUAGUGUACCAAUAGGCCUUGAUGACUCUAAAAUUAAAUCUUGUACAGAAUUAGUAGUACUGAAUGAAGGCCAAAGCAUUUCAGGGUCUGAGAGUAAUGCUUGCCCAAUAUGCUUAGAAGGGUACCGUCCAGAAGAGACAGUAAGGUGCAUAUCAGUUUGUAAACAUGGAUUUCACGCCAACUGCAUCGAACAAUGGCUAAGGAAGAACGGAACCUGUCCAGUUUGCAGGACGUUGGUUUCUGAUGAUGAACAAGUUGUCGCUCAAGACAUAUUAAUUACAACCCAUGUAUCUUAG